UAUAUGUGUGUAUAUGUGUAUACACGCGCUCCACUUCGUCAUCACAUCAGUCUUUAUCACAACUAAUAACAGUAACCAGCUGAUUCAGACUCGUGGACGUCUCUUUUUUUAAAAGAAAGAUUAUAGAUCUUAGUUUUGACUUAAAGUAACCUGGAAAGUGGAGGCAGAAGAGACUGGAGGCAGCAAGCAGGAUGCAUGGUGCCGAGGUGAGCAGCUAAGACCAGUUCACAGAAACCACAAACACUGAGUAUGAGCACAUCAGCACAACCACCCAGCUCGCCCCCCGCUGAGGAGCCCCUGACGCCCCCACCCAUGACCACACCUUCUCGCAAAGCCUCAGUCCGACUCCAGGAGAGGCGAGGCUCCAACCUGUCCCUCCAGUUGGAUGUGAGCACUCUGGGGGUGGAAGCUGUUUGCCAAAUCAGCACACCUAAGGAGGUGUGGCUGCAGCUUCUCCACACAUCCUCCCGGCCUUUGAGUCACGCCCCUCUGCAGGAAGCCGCUACGGACAUGAAGACACUGAACACAGAGUACCAGAAGAUCCCCCCGAAUUUCGUGACCUCUGCAGAGCUUGACGCUCCAGGACACACGAUCAAAGACCGAUACAAAACCAUCCUCCCGAAUCCUGAAAGCCGUGUAAUCCUGAGGAGCCAAGAGGAAGAUCCGGGUCCAGACCGCUACAUCAAUGCCAACUACGUCAGGGGUUAUAAAGGAGCUGCGCGGGCCUACAUCGCCACCCAGGGGCCCAUGCUGCACACCGUCGGGGACUUCUGGGACAUGGUCUGGCAGGAGAAGAGCAGCAUCAUCGUCAUGGUUACCAGACUGAAGGAGAACAACGAGAAAUGUGAACCGUACUGGCCGCAGCCGGGGAAGGAGCAGGUGAAGGAGGAGGAGGAGGAGGACCACGAGGAGGCGGAGCAGGGCUGGAGCAGGGAAGAUGAAGGAGGGAAGAGCGUCUUCGGCAGGUUCUUCAUCACAGUGAAGGACAGCCAGGAGAAAGAUGGUUUUACCGUUUCUGACAUGGAGAUCCAGCUGCAGUCAGAGCGGCGUCCGGUCAGACACUACUGGUUUACCUCUUGGCCCGACCACCACAUCCCACAAUGCACCGCUCCUCUGCUGAGACUGGUGGAGGAGGUGGAGCUGUACAGGAGCCUCCUUGAAUCGCAGUCCAGGUUUCAACCAAUCACAUGCACCAGUCAAGGUCCUGGACCAGUUGUCGUCCACUGCAGCGCCGGUAUCGGGAGGACGGGCUGUUUCAUCGCCAGCAGUAUCGGAUGUCAGCAGCUCAGAGACAGCGCUCAGGUCGACAUCCUGGAGGCGGUCUGUCAGCUGCGACUCGACAGGGGGGGCAUGAUCCAGACCACGGAGCAGUACCAGUUCCUGUACUCCACUCUGGCCCAGUACAGCAGCCAGCUGCAGCACAACCAGAACCAGAACCAGCAGAACCUGGGGGACCAGGUUAGCAUACAGCUACAGAACCUGCAGCUGCAGAACCGGAACAACUGAUGAAAAGCAGGGUCCUUAAAGAACUCAGGGGGAAGACGUGCAACAUGGGAGAAGCGGGACAGCACUCAGAAGAACCUGAAGGCAACCAGGUGGACACCAGCAGCAGAACCCAGAGGAGCAAGGGGGACCAGCAGAAUUGGGGUCGCGCACCAGAACCAGGGCCGGAUGUUCUGAACCGACUCCACUGAACGUGUUGGAGACAGAACCAACGGGUUCUUCCUGAACUGAAACUCGGAGAACUGAAUCUGGGACGAGGUAAUGAAAUAAAACAGGAAUGUUGUGGUCUUAGUUGUGAUGUUUGCUCAUUAUUCAUGCGUUGUUACGAUGACGGUGGCCGAGCUCCACAUCACACACCUCGCCCGUGAUCGACGGUGGAAUCCAACGUUUCUCAGAAGACAGAAGCUGCUUCAGAAUGUUUUCAGAACCUUCAUUUUUGCACCUUUUCAUUUUGAAUAAAGAUGAUUAAAAUGACGCCAA